AAUGGCCCCUCAACGACGCCUCUCUCUCUCUCCCCUUACCGUUCUACUUCUUCCGCAUACGGCGACAGAAAGGGUUUUCUCUGCUAAAAUUGUGGGAGGAUCCCUACAAUUCGAGUGCAGUUUUCGCAUAAUUUGACGAAAAUGGAAGCGAAUCUCGAGCAGGAUGUCACACCGCCGGCGCCAGAUCUCGGGGAAACGGAGGAUUGUAGAACCGAGCUUGGUCGUACUAGCUCGGUCUCCUCCUCCCUCACCAUUGAUAACUUGAAUCGCGGAUUUCCUCAAAACGAGAAUGCGAGACCGGGUUGGUCCACAGAAUGGACAGAUGAGAAGCACAAUUCAUAUUUAAAUUCCCUGGAAGCUACUUUUGUUAAUGAACUGCACAGGUCUAUGGGGUUGCUUGCUUGGUGUUCGCAAGAGCCUAAUUCAUAUCAAUUGUCUGCUGACACCCCUAACUCUUCCCACCAGUUCACUGUUCAUCAAGAUGGCUGCUGGCAGAAGAUCAACUUUGAAAGGAAUCAUUCUCCAUUAGACGGCACAGUUGAUUCUCAUGUUAUUCUGAAAAGUCCAUGGGUAUGCCAUUUUAGAUCCAUAGGCAAACGCCGUGCUGUAACAUAUCCUUACCUGCAAGAACACUGUGCUUCGUGCAGUGAGGUUACCCACCAAAUAGGGAAAGAAACUUUAUCCUGUGCAGCAACAAGAAGAUCGGAGCAGCUUCCUGCAAGUCACUUGUGCCAUAAGGUUUCUAUUGGUGACAUUGCAGAGGUUUCAGGUCAGAAUUUCAUAGAUGAAGACCAAACAGAGAGGUCGAGUAACAAUUCUGUGGUGAAAAGGUCGAAGACAGCUGCAGCUGAUGCUAAUAGCAAAGAUAAAGUUGUUCCAUAUAGAAAGUUUCAUACAAAAGAAGCUUCAACCACUGGCAAUGCUCAAUAUCAAAGGGAAGAAUGGAUGCAUCAUAAUUGGUUUUCAGAAAAGCCAGAUAACCUCGCAUGCCCAGAACCUGACGUGAAGUUCUUCUUAAGAGGAAGCUGAAUUGUGGCUUUUGAACUGAAGUUUGACUGGUAAGUAAAAUCUAACACACUGGGAGAAGAAAGCAGAAAGGCUUUUGAGUUUGCAGGAAACGACUAAAGGAAGAAACAAUUCAAGAGAUAAUUUUUUAUGACCAGGGCAGAAGCAGGGUCAUUUCCAUGCGUCUCAUUUCCCCUCUAGAAAUGUUGUGGUGGCGAUGCUGCCAGAAGAUUUUGUUAAGCAAUCUAGUAGGGAAAAGAGGGUUUUGGGGGGUGGCGCAAAGAAGAAAGAAAUUGGUUGUGUGGUGCAUAUGUUUUUUUUUUUUUUUUGUUUUCUUCUCUCUCUAGCAUGUAUAUUGUAUAAAAUUUUUGGAUGAAUAGAUGAAGAUGAAAUUUAAGCUGGUUACUCA